AUGUUAGGCUACUUAAGUGAUAAAUGGAUGUCGCGUCAGUGGAAGUGGUUGGCUGAAGAAGUUGUGGAAUGGAGCGAUCUACUCUUCCAGAAGUAUAUUAUGAAUAUACUAUCGGUAUCGCAAGCGCGACUGAUGUGGGGUGAUUCCUUUUUGAAGAAUAUGCAGAUUAAUAUUGGAGAUGUUCAUAUCAUGACCUGUGAAGAUUAUUUGAAUCCCGGGAUCCUGGUUGUGGCCUUCUACGCAGCUCUGAUAAACUGGAUUUCGUCCUCUCUGUGCGGCACCAGAAAUCGCCUGCUGUCACAGUCUUCAAAGUGCAGAGGCCAAUCUUAUGGCGAAUGAAGAAAAAAUGUCUUGAUCUGGAUGUCUCUGAUCAUUGAGAAUUUUUUGCACUUGUGCUCCGCCUUCUCUUCUUCUAUGAUUAUAUGUUGAUGUCGGCGUCGACUAUAUUGGUUUUUUACUGGGAAUAUCCGCUUUCCUUCCCCACCACGCACAUGGUGAGAUAAAGGCGAGAUGAAGAUUUGAGGCACGCUGUUCCCACGUAUCGUCUCAGGACGUGGUGGUGCAGUCACUGCAGCCGCGAGCCCGUAAUUCCGAAACUUCCCUCUAGGUUUCAUCCGAUUAGAACCGGCGGGCUCGUAGGCAAUUAGAAGUGCAUGGUAAUAGAAGGAGGCUAAUCCUAAUAGACUCCACCCGUCGUCGUCAGGUAUACCGGAUAUCACUGGGAUCACCCUUUUGGAGGUCUUGGCCUACAAAAAAAAACUCUCGUGCAGGCCCUCUGACUGAAUGAAUGAAGUUGAACUUGUCAGCCUCUACCCCUAUGAUGAAAAACAACUACAACUAGGUGUUGUAGAACUACUUACUUCUACCUCUACAGAGCAACUCAACAUCGCUCACAGCGCGUCAUCGCCAUACGCCUGGACCGCACAGCCUGCUGAAUGCGAAGCACGUCAGUUUUGGGACAGCAUCGCCUCUCGCUCUCCGCAAUUGAAGUUAAGUCUUUCUCCACGAAUGCGUCUUAGGGAUUAUACUAUGAUCAUAGGAGGUCAUGAAGUAGAUAACCUCAAGUCAUAAUUAAAUAGGUCUAAGAAGUCAUGUCCAUCAUGACUUCUUGGAGGAGGAUUCAAUACAUGCGUAAAGAUAUUAGACUGCAAUUUCUCAUCUUACUAUGUAUAUUGGUAGUGUUUAUGAGUUACUCUUGAUACUCCACGACAUACUACUACCACUUCUACUACUACUACACUUCCAAGAGCUAGAAGCCUAUCCGUGCACUUGAGCACUCUUCCCCCAAGGGGAAACGAGGUUGAGGUCAGCGAGAUCAGAUCCUAAUAAAGGAGCACAAGGAAUUAUUUGUAUGAAGGAAGUAGAACCCAAGCACAAGGAAAAUGAGCACUACUCUUCGUGACUGCAUGAGAGUAGUAGGAGCACGAAGGAUGAAGAUAAGAAUACUAGUGAGCACCAGUAAAAGCAACACUGUAGUUCAGCACACAGAUCGAACGGCGAGGAAUGCGAAGAGAAGGGAAAGAAACGUAAGAGAGGUAUUAUCUUUCUUAGCACAUGAAGACUUAUUCUAUUUCUAGUUCUCAGAAUCUGGUACUAGUUCUACUUGUAGUACUAGUCAAGUAUCAAUCAUUCAGUUCCCAAGAUUCAGAGAUAAAUGAUCCUCCUAGUUGUACGAGUGUAAGACUUUUGUCUGGAUUCAACUUUUUUCGCACACUCACAACAAUGCUUUAGCUCUUGUUUAGAUGUCUGCGAUAGGAGGGCUCUUGCUCUGCAUGGUAGGACUCUGGAGUCAAAGCAUUAAUUUAGAUAUUUUAGAUUUCUGCUUAGAGAAGAGGGGAAUACUAGUUCCAAUUCAUCAGGUUAUUUAGAAGUUUUAGAUUUCUUAUUUCUGCUUCAGUAUUGACAACUCAACUUUGCUUUUGCUAGAUUUAGAUAAUUUAGAUUAUUUAGAUUGGUAUCAAAAAGAAGGAUUCUAAUUCUAAAUCUAAAAGAGUACCAGCAUUUGUCAAGGAUUUUACGUCCAGUCAUAUCCGUUCAAUGAUAUGAUGUUCAAGGAGCUCGUUAAAAUGGAGAUCUUGUUUUAUUGAGACCCUCGAUGAAGUUAACCCCCGAGGACAAUAGCCAGCAUCAAUGCCGGUCAGUGACGCUUGCUGACGCGGGAGCUUCACUAUCGAGAAUUGUGAUUCUCAAGUGAAAAAGUAAAAGACAGACUCCAUGACCAUUGCCGACAGAUGCUGGUAU